AUGUCGGAUAACAGCAUACAAAGCGCAGACAAGGCAGUACUGGACAAGAAGAUGCGCGAGUUUGAAAACGCCAAAACUCUGUUGAUAUCCUCUAAAAGACCAAAGGCCUUCCUCAUAAGAACAGCGUGCGAGUUGCUGGCAGGAGGUACAGAAGUAUUGAUACUGAGUGCUCUUGGCGACGCAAUGGGACUUUGUUUGCAACUUCAGAUGCUUCUCGUCACAAAGAACGCAGCCACGACCUUUAAGAUAGAAACGCUGCUUAACAAGUGCGCUAACGAAAAGUCUAAGAACCCGUUCUACAUCCCAGGAUUGCUGGUGUACAUGAGGAAACACCCGGAAUUCAAGGGCUCGAGAAUCUCACCGGGAUACAUCGUAUUCUCGCCGAAGACUGCAAAUCCAACGCCACUAUACGAGACUAAUCCCACGGAGUUCGUAGUGUCAGUGGACGCUGGAAACCCGGAACUCUCGGUCGGAGGAGCGGGAGUCAACGGAGCAUUUGGCUCACUCUUCCAAGAAAUGGGCUAUGACUUAAACUCUUUCAGAACACUUUUCACAGACCUAUUAAAGCACACACGUAAACUAAAUAACGAGGACCCUACGCAGUUUAUGGCAACAGCUGAAGAACCAAACAAUCACGUGCUAUUCUCACUUUGCAGAAUCCCGAAUGAUUCCUCUUAUUUUAAACAUGAAAACGAAGGAGUCGUUUUCGUGACGAUAUUUAAAAAUAAGUUUCCACAUUCCAACAGUCACAAUUUGGGAUUUGUGUACGUAGUUGGGCCGAACGGAGCUAACUAUAAGACAGUAGACGACUUCCUCGACGCAGUACACAAGUUAGGAGACAACAUGGUCACAGCGUUGUGUGACUAUAACGGGACGGCAAAGCGCGAAACAGCAAAAAAGCUCCCCAGAGUAACAACGUGCCGCCUAUGCCUAGUAUCUGGAGGGAUCUACAAGCACCCAGAAGUGACGAAGCUGGACGUAGCAAAGUCGCUGUUAAACGGUGUGGCCGAAGGAUACAGGCACGGACCUACGCCUAGGUUUAACUUUGCAUACGAUGAAGACGUAUUCAGAGUGGUAAGUACAAGUUACAAGUAUUUGGUAAAAGAUGGACUCGAAAUAUAG